UCGAAGCGCGUCAACGAGAAAUGUUGUUUAUGUCAUCAACGUGAAAGUACCGCAUGCACGCACGCGACAUUAAAAUGGAGGGGGUCCAGUUCUGGUGCUUCAUGGUGGCCCCUUUGGGCGCAUUGAAUGCGGCGGCGACGAAGGAGCGGGUAGCGGCUUCAUUUUUCAUCGUCUCGACCAUUUUCCACUCAAACGCGUGAGUGAAUGCGAACAAAAAGGAGAGGAGCUUUUUCCUCUCUUUUUUUGGUCUCUUCAUUUCUGUCUCGUCGCCGCCCCCUCCUCUUCCUCCUUUCCCUCCCCUCCUCUCCUCUCCUCUCCUCUCUCACCACUCUCCCGCCCUCCCUCCCUCCCUCCCCGGCCCGGGCCAGCCGAGGACUCCCAAAUCCCGCGGCUGGCUGGCUGGCUGGCUGGCACACGGCGGGGCACCGUCACGUCAGCUCGCUUCCCCCCUCUGCCCUGGUCCUCCGGCUCCCUGACGCUGUUCGGUGGCCCCCCUCCUCUCGGUACCGUCUGCUCCUCCUCCUCUGGCGAGACGUUGGCUGCGCUCGACUCGCACAAAGCCGCUGGCGGUGCCGGGCCCGGCGUGAUGGCUCAGACGCUGCAGAUGGCGAUCCCCAACUUUGGCAACAAUGUCCUGGAGUGCCUGAACGAGCAGCGUCUGCAGGGUCUCUACUGCGACGUCUCCGUGGUGGUCAAGGGACACGCCUUCAAGGCCCACCGCGCGGUGCUGGCGGCCAGCUCGUCGUACUUCCGCGACCUGUUCAAUGCCGGCGGCGGCAAGAGCUCGGUGGUGGAGCUGCCGGCGGCCGUGCAGCCGCAGAGCUUCCGUCAAAUCCUGGCCUUCUGCUACACGGGCCGCCUCAGCAUGAACGUGGGCGACCAGUUCCUGCUCAUGUACACCGCCGGCUUUCUGCAGAUCCAGCAGAUCAUGGAGAAGGGCACCGAAUUCUUCCUCAAGGUUUCGUCCCCCAGCUGCGACUCGCAGGGCCUCCACGUCGAGGAGACGGAGCCGCAGAGUCCCCUCACUCCCACGGCGGGAGGGCCCGGCGCUACGCCGCUUGCCGCCAGAGCCGCCGCCUGCAAGGUGAAGACGGAGCAGACGGCCGCCGCUCCUCCAUCGCAACAGCCUGAGGGCUUCCCCUACUCGGUGGUCUGCAUCCCGGUGGCUAAGCGGCUGUGGGAGGGGGGCAACGGAGGGGGCGCUUCCGGAGGCGCCCAAAGAAAGGCGGCGCGCUACUCUUCCUCCUCCUCCUCCUCAUUCAGCUCCAACGCCGCUGCCCAGGAUUGCUCCGGGCGGGGGUCCGCCCCUUCGUUACUGCCUGGGGGCGCCGCCGCCAACAACAGCAGCAGCAAUAACGGCGGAACCCCUGAAGGCACCAGUCCCGGCACCCUCAGUCUAUACACGAGCGACUCGCCCAUCAGCUACCACGACGACGAGGAAGAGGACGAGAUGACGGACGAGAGCGCCGAAGAGCAGUACAGGCAAAUCUGCAACAUUUACACCAUGUACAGCAUGCUCAACGCCAACGCCGCAGUGUCCGGUGAGAAGGUGGAGGCGCUGCCUGACGCCGCCCCAGACGCGGGGCGGCGGGGCGGGCGCCCCCGGCAGGAGCUGGCGUCGCUGCCGUCGGAGCUCAUCGGCCAGAUCGGCAACCGCUGCCAUCCCAAGCUCUACGAGGAGGGCGACCCGGCCGAGAAGCUGGAGCUGGUGAGCGGCACCGCCGUGUUCAUCUCACGGGCGCAGCUCAUGAACUGCCACGUCAGCGCCGGCACGCGGCACAAAGUUCUGCUCAGGCGGCUGCUGGCCGCCUUUUUUGACAGGAGCACGCUGGCCAACAGCUGCGGGACAGGCAUCCGCUCGUCCACCAACGACCCGAGUCGCAAGCCGCUGGACAACCGAGUGCUGCACGCCGUCAAAUUCUACUGCCAGAACUUUGCGCCCAGCUUCCGGGAGAGCGAGAUGAACGCCAUCGCCGCCGACAUGUGCACCAACGCCCGGCGCGUGGUCCGCAAGAGUUGGAUCCCCAAACUCAAACUCCUGAUGGCCGACAGCGACGCCUAUUCCACCUUCCUGGCCGACAACGUCAAGAUGGACGCCGACGGGUUGGGCGGCGAGCAAGGCUUUGACGGCGCCUCCAUGGAGGCGGCGACCGGGGGCGACGACAGCGGGGCGACGUCCGGCGAGGCCCUCCAGGACAGCGGCGGUGCCGGAGGAGACGACGGCGGCGCUUUGUUUUAAGUGAGUGAACGGAGCGACGGAUGUUUGGACAGGCGGUCGCCCACCUUGCGGCCGCUUGCCGUGUUUCUCUCCCUCUUCAGCAUCCCUCGCUUUUUGCCGGCCCGCACAACGCAGCAUGUACCAGAACCCCGGGAUUCUUCUCCCGUCUAGCCUGUGGCUCGCGCGCAUCUCGCGCGGGCGGCCCUUCCUCCCGUGGGUGUGCUCGUGCCAUACCCAUUUUUCCUUCAAUGCAAUGCUAAUGAGUGUUGCAAUGGGAACCAAAUCCUCCACACAAGUUUCAUCAAAGUUGUCUUUUGGGUUCUGAUCCGACUCCCUUUUCCACGUCAUGUUUUCAACAUUUGAGCACCUUAUCCCCAACCGGGCUUUGCGUUUGAGAGGGCAGCAAAAAAACAAAAGCAAGCGAUUCGAGUUCCUCUACCAAUCGACGCCAGCCAGUCUUUUCUAUCUGGUCUAAUAGCUAAGCGCAAUCUUAAAACUAAAGUGUUUACAAUUCUUUUCUAUGAUUUGUUGUGACUUUUUUUUUUUUUUAAUCCAAAGAGGUUUCAUGGAAUAAGUGCCUCCUCCCUCCCUGUACACCUGUGUGUGGGGGGGGGGGGGCACAUUUCUUCCAGUACGCUGAUUUAAACGCACCACCAUAAAUAUACAGACAAGGAAGACGAGGACAGAGUGAGGCCCCGCUCCGCCCCGCCAUGCCAUGCCGCCUCCCCUCCCCUCCAAGACAUUAUGACUGCCUCAUAUGAGUGCGCAUAUGAGUGCGCAUAUUCAUGCGUCUCCUCACACAUUCCUUUUAUGGCGUGUGUCAGACAGAGUGUCAUCGCGUGCACGUUGAAUGCUCAUACUGCGUGGGCGGUAUGUUUGUUUUUGUCUGCCGCACGCACACACACACACACACACGCGCGCGCGUACGUACUCGCGUGUGCAUUUUCUGCGCCAAAACCACGUUCAUAUCCAUUUGAAUGUACAAAUAAGGCCUUGUCUUCAUCGAUGGCUUUUAAAUGGAGCUCCAAUGCUAAAAACGUGCACGUCACGAGCCUCAUCCCAAAUCCUUCAACUUUCUGCCUGUUAGUUUUUGGGGAUUGGUUUAAUGCACUUUUUUUUUUUCUUUUUUUUUUUAGGCAGGGAAAAAAUGAGGAUGGGAGGGUGUCUGUCUGUCUGUCUGUCUGUCUGUCUGUCCGUCUGUCCGUCCUCUCUCCACCCACAAUCGGAAGCGCGAUAUCGACCAGACCGUUGAACCGAGCGAAUUCUAAUCGUGCCAGACGUGAAGGAAAGGAGAAAGGGAGGAGGAGGAGGAGGAGGGGUGUGUGUUAAUCUCCUAGGACAGGCGAAGAGCCACUGCGGCAGUCGCAAUCCAGACGCAAGCAGGAAGCUUCUCGAAUUUAAACACCUGCACUGCAUGUUUGUUUACGUAAACCUCUGCAGCCCCCCCCCCCCCAAAUGGACGCUCCGAGGGCGCCCCAAAAAAAAAAAAACAUCAACAAAAAAACUUUGCCCUGCGCUCAUGUUGCACUAAAAAUCUGAACGCAAGGGACCCUUUUUGAAACGCUGCAAUCUGAUGCUGACCACCAUGACAAAGGUCCACAACAGUAACAUAAUAGAAAGGAGCAAAGAAAUGGUGGCCGCUGUGAUGGUUUUUAAACGUGAUCUAACGGAGGCUGAAAUUGAAACGUCGGAAAGCGUUGGCAUGAAUCCUGCGAUUAUUGCCGCGCGCAGAGCUUCCCAAAAAAAAAGCAUUUGUUGUAGCUUUCGCAGAAAUGUCCCUUUGAGAUCCGUCUUCAUUUCACAUAUUUGGCCAAAAAGUUGGACAUCAAACUUGACGUUUUGAAGAGCUUUCGUUCUAUACAUUUCACUAAAACGUCUUUGUACGAUUUGUUUACACGUGAACCUGUAGCUGUGGAGAAGCGAGAUCCUACUCCCGAUUAACAUGCGUACGACCGACCGCUUUUAGUUGUAUCAUAGUUUAGAGAAAGAAGCACGUAUUUUUGCAUCCUUAAGGGGGCGGGGUUAUUGUACAAUGAUUUUAGCUUUUUUAAUUUUUUUUCUUUCGCUUUUAUUGCAAUUGUGGUGCUGAGACGGGCGGACAUCCUUUUGAAUGUUCCUGAAAACCACAAUUCUCGCAUCUUUGCACCUUCCCCCCAAACGGUAUGAAUCUUUUUGCGCUAAUCUACGACUUGUCAAAAAUGACAAACGACUGCCAUGUCCGAUGACUUUUUCUUGCAAAUGACAUUUAUUUUCUCCCCUUACAAAGUCCAACGUGUUGAAUAUCGAAGAGUCUUUAGUUAAAAGGUAGCGAUUGUAAUGCUGGGAUGUCAAAAUGUUCUUGUUUUUUUUUUAUCUUUGUAAUGAGAAGGCUUUUUCUUGCAAGAUGACACCGUUUGUCUUGCAAAAAGUACAAUUUUAUUGUGAUGGCUUUUUUCCUCAUUACGCUUUUUUUUUUUCCUUUAAAAUUGCCAAAUUUGUCCUUUUUUCAACUUGAUUCAAAUUCACAAAAUUUAGAACUAAUUAUUCAAGCCAAAAUUGUUUUGGGGUUGUUUUUUUUUUUUUUCUUCUCAUGACUCCAGUCGUACAAUAUUGGGACUGACUGAAAUGUUUUGGGUCUCGUUUCCUACAGCAUAAAAAAAAGAGAAAUCCGCACCUUACUUUUGACACAUUUCUGACUUGCUUCUCGUUUAAAUGUGGAUUUCUCCCAUUGCGACUAUUCUUCGUCAUCAUGUAGCAGCAGCAUUGUGAAAUAUGACUCCCUUGCAAUGCUACGAGAAUAUAGUGGACUCGACUCAGAACUUUUGUCAUCUUAGGACUUUUUGCUUUUAUUCUUUCCAAGGUUAGUUUGGUAAAUUUGACUCUGGUGUAGCGGCGCUGGACAAGUCGGGGUUUUGAGUGCUGAGGUCUAAAGACUAUUGUGGCAAAAAAAAUGAGCUGACACGAUGGCUUGAUUUUCAAGCAUUUUGUAUCACUGAGAGGUCAGAAGCUUGCGAAUUUUGAUUUGAGUAUAUUAUUAAGGAGAAUCGUCGUAAUUGUUGGCAAAGCUGCAAGGCGACUGAACGUUUUUCCGAAUCAAGGCCAACAAACAAAAAUACAAUCAAUGAAUCCAAAGUGAGUUGACUUGAAAUCAGCGCUGCUGCCUGAAUGUUUUUCCUCGCCGCGACCGGAGGGCGAUGUCCCCUGUAGCUUUGAUUGUAAUUUGUUUUUUUGGGGGGGGAAAAGUCUAUCACUGUAUUCUUGCGCGCACCUUAAAAGCAGAGCGCUAACGCUAAUGUGAUCUUGUCAACUCCUUAACACGUCCUAUAGAGACCAUAUGGGGAAAUUGUACGCCGUCCGUCUGUUUUGUUGCCGGCCUUUCGCUGGGAGGUGACAAAAGGGAGCGGUUGUUUCGAUUUGAAGAAAUCACCUUUGGGGAAGCCCGAGAUGGCACUAAAACCCCUUGCACCUUUGUGAGCAUGCUCAAUUUGUCGCUUCCUUUUUGGAGGCUGUAACGGGACAAGGUCUGAGGAUUGGGGCAGGCAGGGUGGUGCUUUUUCUACUUUGAGUUUUUAACCUUGUAUCUUUUUGUACUUGUCUUUUUUUUGAUGCCUUGUGUUAACUGUAGUAAGGACACUCGAGAGCCAACAUCAGGUGGAAUUUGUCGUUUUCCUCCGAUGUGUGGGAAAAGGUGGCGAGUUUUCUUUGUUGUCGUACGAUAGAGGCCAAAAAAACCCCAAAAUGUUCGGAUGACCGCCAUAACAUUUUGCGAAAGGAAUGUCAAAGGAAAACUCCACCCCGCAAACACGGUCAAUCCCGAUUUAGACUGGCUGAAACUUUUUGUAAAAUGGCGAGUUUUACGACUUUUUUGAGGGGUCUUGAGACUUUUUGGGGGCGUUACAGUUCUGAACUUUCUCACUCCCAAUGUAGAUUGAAAAUUUGCCUGCACUGCUUUGAGGUCAUCACUAAAGUUUCAAAUGUUUCAGUUGUUUUUUUUUCCCCAACACAAAGACCUUCAUUCAAAGUUCAAUUUGUCCAAACGGCAGAAGUGGACGGUCAGUCUUCAAUUAGAUUCGAAAUUCUCCUGGCGUGGGGUGGAUUUUUCUUGUUACGGCCCCCUGGUGGCGAUGUGGUGAAUGUCCCAUUUAAAAAUAAAAAAGAAAAAAAAAAUCAAAGCUGGUCAAACUUGAGAAAGGCGGCCCGACCCGCCAGAGACAAAUCACACAAACACGCUCUUUAGAUACGUGGUAACCUCGGAAGAAGCCGGAGCGCGCGCACCCUCAGGGUGUGCGUGCGCUCGGCUUUGCAUGCUCGUGCAGUUUUUGUUUCCUGCAAUAAGGAAAAAAAAAGUUUUACCUCGGAAGCUCUCAGCCAUUUGCAAUGGCAGGUAACGCGCACGCUCUACUUUAAGGGGGGGGGGGGGAAAUCACAUAAUGGUUUGACACUUUGCGAAAUUCUGAAUUUUUGGUGGUAUUGUAUUUUCUGAAAUGAUAACAUUUUCUAAAAAGUAGUAUUUUCCCCCUCUAAUAGUCCAACUUGUGUGUAGUUCUGUCUGAUGAUUUUUUUUGUUUAACUUGCAACAUUCCGAUUUUAUGCUCAUUGGAUUGGAAUGUUUUUUUCAAAUUUUCCGCUUCAAAUGUUCAUUCAGAUUUUCUCUAGUAAAUUCAUUACUUUUGAGAUUUUCUGUCUUUCAAUACCAUUAUUGGUGAAUUUCAAUUUCCUCCCAAAGAAUCUGGUUUAUUCACCGCCGCUAAGACGUCCAUCCAUCAAAUUGUCUAAUUUUACAAUAUUUCAUAUGAGACGUAUCAAGUAAAAUACCCUUUUGUCUUGUCUUUUUUUGUAAAAAUACCUCCACAGACUUUUUUCCCCUUCUCCUUCUUCCCUUAAACAAGUGACACGUUGACCUGCCUGCUGUGAGUCCAUGCAAAACACUGUUUUACCUCACACGUCGCCAUAGCAACCGUGAAGGACGCUCGUCUCUGGUGUUCUUUGUCCCCUACGUCCGCUAUGUCGAAUAAAUCGCUUGUUGAUCAAUUUGAAUGUACAGUACGUGUAUAUAAAAAGUGUGGCAGCACUCUGCAGCAUGAUCUUUUUCUUCUUUGUCAGGCGAGCCGUUCAUUUGAGGCAAAUAAAAGUAAAUGCAGUAACAAAUACCACGACCAGAAUGUCAGAAGCCCUGCCCCCUCAUGUGUUCAAAGUACCAAUGACUUGUGAAUUCCCAACUGUGACCCACCAGUACUGAUCAUAAUACUUUUGGGGGAAAAAA